AAACAUUUUUAUUUUUGCAUAAGUCAAAUGUUGUUAAAAUGAUACAUCAAAAAGUCGUCACUGAAAUGGUUAAGGUGGAACAUUGAAAAGUCCUGUAAAAAGUGUUUGCAUAACUACAGAAACCUGACGUUACGCCACUGAUUCCAGAUGUUACUGAAACACUCUUUGGUUCACACCCAUAGACGCGCGCACCCAAUUUUGCUCUUCUUCAGUGGGGAAACUAAUCAAUACAAAACAUCUAGCUCAUCUCAUCCCUCGUCUCGUCGUUUCAUUGACCAUUUUUCAUUCUUCGUAGACUAACGCUCAAAAAUGUAGCUCCCAAUCCGGCAUUCCACACGGCAAUGCCGGAUUAACAAAAUUCGAUUAAACCAUCACUCACGUGAUGGGAAACGUGCAUUUACGUCAAAGCCUCGUUAUUCUACACAAGUGACAUCAUAAAACGCAUUAAAUUAAAGCGGAGUAUUCAACUAUUGACUUCGCUCAGUGUUGAAGCGACUUCCAUAGUUUUUGGUAGUCGAUAUGGUCGUAUAAGUUGCCCGAAUUUUCGAUGGACCUGUUGGAGACCCUGAUUGUUCUGUCAGAGAAAGCUGCUAGAAUUGCCAGAUUGAUCAGGAAGGAUGAACAUCUGUUUGGGUUAUUGGUCGAGCAGAAAGAUCAGGAUCACGCCAAUCCUAGAUUCUUCCAAGAUUUCAAGACGUUGGCUGAUGUUUUGAUACAGCAGAUGAUCAAGCACUUUCUCGAACUGAAGUUAAUUUAUUCAUGGAUCAUCCUUUCACCGCACCCGCUUCAGCUUUUCAUUCUGUUGGUUUUAUCGAAAAUUCAAGAGGCAAAUUUUCGGAAACUUCAGUUUCCAGGUAUUGCAGACAGGGUUCGAGGUGAAGAGAAUAACACCUUUUGUAAUACACUAGGCGACAAAAUAACUGUAGAUAUAAAGAAGACUUCCGAAGAAACUGCCGAUUUAUUAGAGAAUGUUCUUAAUGGAGACAAGAAAGCUUCACUUCUUCUGGCGGAAGAGGUCCAUAGAUCGAUCGAUAUGAAAGAUGUUAAUACGAAGAGUUUUGAUGAUGACACUUUGGAAUUGGAUGUCAAUCAGAUCGGUAUAUGGAUCGAUCCAAUUGACUCAACGGCAGAAUACAUAAACGCAUCCAGUGAUAAUUCAGGAGAAAGACAGUCUGGGCUGAAUUGUGUGACAAUUCUGAUUGGAGUUUACAGCAUAGAAUCAGAAGAAUCUAUCAUGGGUGUCAUCAAUCAACCAUUUUCUAACUUCGAAGAAAAUUGCUGGACCGGUGAAUGCAUAUGGGGUGUUUGUUUCAACUCUACCAGCCUAAGUUCUCUAAACAUACCAGCGACCAGAACACAUGUUGCAUAUUUGAGCAGUUCUGAAGAUGAAGACGUGAAGUUACAGCUGCGCAAUAUGGGUUACACCAUCAAAGAAGCUGCGGGAGCAGGUAACAAAAUUCUUAAGGUAAUCAAGAAUCAAGGCGAUUGUUACAUAUUAUCCAAAAGCACCACUUUCAAAUGGGACACAUGUGGUCCCCAAGCGAUUUUAAGGUCUUUGGGUGGUGAUAUCGUGACCUAUACAGAGGCAGUCUGCAAUCGUGUAAUUAGUGUGAAGUAUCCUCAUGAUGUUGGAUGUGAGAAAGAUGCUAGCAACUUCGGUGGAUUGCUGGCUUUUAGAAUAACGGAUGUUUUGGACGACUUCGUUCGAUGACGAAAUAUCGUGUAAAUAAAUUUUUGUAUCAUAAAAACAAAGUCUGAAGGUAAACCUUUUACUAUUUUUAAGGAUUGUUCAUUUUUGUACUAUUGUAACUAUUAUUAGAUAUAAUCUUCAAGGAAUGCGUUAGGUACUUCCAUAAUUGAAAUAUAAAAAAUUGAUUGAUGAUAAAAAUAUUAAUAUUUGGUCAAAUUUUUCCAUAGAUCUAAAAUAGUUUUUGAUGUUUGUUUUCAACUUGAAUGAAAGUAAUCCCGCUAUUCGGAAUCUUAGAUAUUAUAAGGCAAGUUUAAUUUUUUGAAGAUUCAAAAGGAUCAGGAAACUAAAAUUUCAAAUUGACGCAACUUAGAAUGUUGCGAAAAAUUUAGAUGUCUUGGAAUAAAGGUGUGCUCAUUGAUUUUAUUAUCAUGCGAUGCGAACUAAUGUUUGGCCAAAUUCCUCUUUUAUCUAUAGGUGGCGCUAUAUGAAGUUUUGCGAAUCUCCUUUAUCCAUUUAUUUCUAGACUUCUUAGCAGAACUUCGGUAUCUCCAUUAUCUUUCAUAAUUAUUCUAGAAACUAAAAUAUGAAAUAAUUUCUCCGUGGAAACGUAAAAAAUAGGCUGAGAUAUCAAAUUGAUAAUUAUUAUUAAUGGGCAAAUUAUUUGUAAACUCAACCAAAAUAACAAAUUGAAACUAAGUUUAUUCCUCGAAUAUAUCUCGAAGUAGCUUCUAUCUGCUGCUUGCAGAGAUCAUCUUAAAAUUAGGUACAACAAAAACUAUUAUAGAUCAAAAUGAAUAUUAUAAUUAAUCGUUCGAGAAUAUAUUUAUAUAAAAUUAAUGCGUAAAAUUAUAGACUUUGCAAAUAAUUAUUAAUUAUAGAUCUUAAGAAAAGGAGGUGUAGAAACAAGGAGUCACAAUGAUUAUUAUAAUUGAUCGUUGAUCAAAAAUUAAUACUUAUCUAAUGAAUUGGGAUAAGUAAAAUUAUAGAUUAUAGACUUACCAAAUAAUUAUUAAUUUGUCGCUAAAUAGGUGAAUAGAUAUUUGAAAUUAUUGAUUUCCGUAUCUAUAUAAUGUAUUAUGUAUAUAAACGAGUGAAUAAUUUAUUAUUUUUUAGUAUUAGCAAUUUUUUUUUUUUAUUCAAUUUUGUCAACGGAUUGUAUCAUAAUUAUAUGAUACUUUCGUGAGUUGAAGAGAAUGCAAACCAGUUAGCAAUUUAUAUAAAAAUAUAAAUAUAUGGUCUAAAACUAUAUAUUAUGUGAAAUUUAGGAAUUAUCUACAAAAUUUUUUAGGGUGGAUAUCAAUUGAGCAACAAGAAAUUAAUGACUUAUAUAGUAGCUAAGAAUCGCAAUGAUAAAUUAAUUUGAUCGCUUAUAAAUUCUAAAAAUGAAAUUUAUUGUAUUUUAAACCUUAAAAUUUUUAAUGAUUCGAUAGAUUUGUGUGAUUACUCUUAUAUUAUCGAUUCGAUACGGUUAUAAAAGGAAAUAUGAAAUCAUCCAUUCACGUGUGGAUUAUGUAUAUAACGUGGAAUAUUUGAAGUGUUCAUAUAAAGUUAAAUCAUUCCGAAAAGGAAUUAUUUUAUCUAGUGUAGGCAGGAUGCAUAUGAUUAAUAUGGAUUAUUUUUUGAUACUAUGAAAUUACUGUUUUUUUUUGUGAUCUUCUGCACCUGGAACUAGGUCAUAUGCAGAUGGUACAUCUUUCUUCGAUUUAGGAAUUUUAUCUUAUUUAUUUAUAUUAUAAUUAUCUGAUAGUACCCCCGUAACCCAUAUAUUUUUUUAUUAAUUUGUCGUGAAAGAUAUGAAUAUUUAUCUUUGCAUGGAAACGACAGAUAAAUUAUUGAGUUGGCAGAGUUCUCUUAAUAUAUAUUUAUAUUCUUCUUGAAGUAGCUUGCAUUUUUCGUAGGUAGUUUUUUGUUUUGUAAUUUAUGACUGUAUAUAAAAUUUAGAAUUCUAACUUGCUUCAGGUACUCAAGCCCAGGAAUCAUAAUGUUAUAUGUUUGAUCGUUCACAAGUUUGAAAAUUAAAAUUUAUUGGAUUUGAAAAUUAUUAUUGGAAAUUAUAAGGAUGUCAGUAUAUCUUGAUUAACGUGUAAGAAAAUUUGGAAAACUAAACCGAGUGUUCAAAAUCGUGAAAAAUCAUUUUGGAAAUGAAUUAUUUCGUCGAUUGUAUAUAAUAAGUAUUGAUUACUUUUUAAUAUUAGAAAAAAAAAAUGGUUGUACAGGUACGUCGAGAAUGAAUUUUGGAGAGCAUUAUUUUGGAAAUUAAUAUUUUCAUUGAGUGUAUAUAAUAAGUAUUGGUUACUUUUUACGGUCAUGGUGUUACGGGUAAUUCGAAAUUUGGUACAUAAUAAAUUUAGGCCAAUCUUUUGAAAUUUAAAAUUUUAUUAAUGCUCCGCAUGAGCCGACUGCGAUUUUGAUUGAUAUUUGGUUUUUUUCGUAAAUAAUAUGUUUAUUCUAAUUUAAUUAUUCUGUUGUAAAUUAGCAUUUUUUGAAUGUAUUGAAGAGAUUUUGUUACAGAACUCAAGAUAUUAAAUCGUACUUUUUAUUUUCGAAAAUAUAUUCCUAUUAUUUAGAUUUUCAUUCAACAUGUUUUGUUCAAAAUAAUUUUUACAGAUAUUUGAGAUACGUUAGUAUAGAUAAUAAUGAAUAUAUUUCACGUCAACUGCUUCGUAUGCAAUCUGAUGGAAUAUUUCUAUCAUUAUUUAUACCGUGUCAUCUUCAUUCUUUUAGGUUGAAAUCAUUAUUUUUAAAAUAUCAACUUUUCUUUACCUAAUUUACAAAAAUUUAGGCGCUAUAGUGUCAUCGUGAAAUUAUUACAUAAUAUUAUUAAGCUGUACAUAUAUAAAAAAUUGGGAAGAAGAACAACAUUAGGCUAGAAUUCAUAGAUCAGAGUGAAGAUAUGUGAUAUCUGCUCUGAAAUGUCCACAUCAAAAUGAAGACUUAUUAUUACUUGAUUACUUGAAUUGAUAUCUACAAAUUUGUUAUUGUAACAUACGUUUUAAUCCGCUCAUUCUGAAACAUUUUUGUAUAUACGCAAUUUUUCUGGAUACUGAAUACAUUAUUGACAUUGUAUUAAUAAGAAUUCCAUUCCUGGUCUUGGGUAUUUUUUUUACGUUUUGGAAAAAUUUGACCAUUCAUAUAAACUUACGUUAGAAUAUUCUCAUUAUUUUUGUUUUUUGAUUUUUCUUUUAGUGGAAAACGAUUUGAUUAAAAUAAAAAAUAAUUUACUUUUUUUCCAUAAAAUUAUUAUAUGACAAUGAAACUGCAAUUGUUUUUCUCCAUUGGUGAUUUUUACAUUUUAAUUGAUAUCAAAAUAGAAAUUUUGAUUAGGCUUAUAUGGUUUCGUAAUAAAAUAGUAGGUACAAAGUGAAAAUUAUGAUAUAGAUCAAUAAAAUGAGAAAUGGGGAUAUGCCGCUAUUACUUACUAAAAUAUUCAGUUUACAUCUGUUUGAUCAAUAAAAAAAUAUUUCGGGAAUUAUAUCUAUUUAUUUCAAGGGAUUAUUAUGAGGAAGACUUAAUUCUUUCGAAUGUUUUUCAUAUGUAGAAUACAAUGAUUUGAAAUGUGAACACCACAAAACAGUGCAAAUCAAUUGUCAUAUAAGUAUAAUUAAUUAAUAUUCGUAUUAUAAUUUUGAGGAAAUAACUAAGUUAAAUAUUUUUUAUUUAAAAUAAAUUUCCAUGAUCUGGAAUCUCAUCCAUAAUUCAAUUUUUAGUAAAACGAGAUGUUCCAUAUAUUACCAUAUAUUUACCCUUAGUUUAGAUGGAAGCUUUGAGACUAUUAUUUUUGUUAUAAGAAUUCUAUCAAAACUGGAAUGUAUAUAAUUAGGUUAAAUAUAAUAAAUAAAAUUAUUUGUUAUGAUCAUAACUACAGAUUUAUUAUUGUUACAAUAAUGAAUCCAUAGAUAUCAUCACAAUAAAUAAUAAUGAAUAAUUACGAAAUUCUAUUAUGAAUUUUCAUUCUGAAUCAUUUAUCGCUUUCAUCCGGUACAUGUGAAUGAAUAAAACAUUCUAGAAUUGAGUAAUUAUCAUUUUAUCACUGAAGUGUUUAGCAUAGUGUUACUUAUGAUUGAUAAUUAUUUUUUUGAGUAUUUUCUCAACACUCCACAUUCAAAUCGAAUAUGGCGAAUAUGGGACUAUGGGUUCGAAAAAGAUAAAUAGAGGUGAUAUGUUACAACUUGUAACUAUUGUAAGUAUUGCCUCAUUGUACAGUAGUUGAUUAUCAUCAUAUAUUAUCAUAUAUAUUAUGAAGAAAAAAUUGCAAAUGUUCAUGUCAAUAUGUAUCUUACGAGCAUUUAUAUUGGAAUAAUCUUAUCAAAACAUUUAAAUAUUUUUAGUCUAUACGUACCUAUUCUUACAACAUUUCUUGUUUUCUGCUGUAUAAUUCUUUUUUGGCGGAAAACAAGUAGGUUUAUACAUUAUAAUGGUAUUUGAUUUAUUUUAGACGAAAUUUAUUCCUGUAAUCGGAAGAUACCUAUUGUGUUUUUAUUUUUCUGAGAAUACUCUCAGAAGGGCUUGUCCACAAACGCUGGUUCCGUAUGAGGUGUUACAUAAAAAGUAGCUUGUCGCUAAAUGUUGCCUCAUUGUAUAGUAGUUGAUAAGGACUUUCAUUAUUAUUGUGUGAAUAAUUUUUCAUUUGUGUAUUAUAUUGACAUUUGGUUGAUUUUAGCCUAAAUUAAUAAUUUACUUUUCUGAGAAUCCUCUCAGAAGCCAUAACAAAAAGAUAGGGGUAGUAUGAGGUGGUACAUAAAAAUAGCUUGUAUUAAAUGUUGCCUCAUUACUUGUAUAUAGUAGUUGAUAACGACUUUUAUUAUUAUUAUCCUAUGAAUCAGAUUUCGAAAUUAUAAUAUUCCUGCUCAUGAUGUCAAGGAAAAAUCUUGAUAUUAUAACUUAAGACAUUCAUUAUAUUACUACAUUUGUCAUGUUUUUUUUGGUGUAAAAUUUUGACGGUGAACGUGCUGUCCAUUUCUGGGCAUAGACGCCGGGUCCUCGCAUAGACCAGUUAAUAGUAGUUAAUAACGAUUGUUAUUAUUGAAUAAAUGAUACUUCGAAAUGUCCAAAUUUGUCGAUUGAAGGGUCUCAAAUAUUCAUUGUAUUUCUUCAUGUUUCUCAUGUUUCUUACUGUAAAAUACUUUUUUGACGGAAAACAGUUGUUUUCCGUAUUAAAAUCAAGCUAAAAUGACAACUCAGUAUUGUUUGCUUCUUUUGAAAAUUCUCUCAAAGGUAGUCUGAAUUUCUGAAUUAAUAUAAGAUGUUUAGAAUAACUCUAUAUUUGUCGCACGACAUUGAUUCUAUUUGUCACGAAUAUUUGUCUGAAAAAAUUUUUAAUGAACAUUAAUUAUUUUUAGAUGAUGUAUCUAGAGGAAUUUGCGUAAUCCCAAUUAAAAUUUGUACUAUAUUUAUCACUAUUAUUAAAUCUUUAUUCUUUCAAGAAUUCUCUCGAAAUUCAUAAUGUGUAUCCUCUCUAUUAAUUGUAUUGAAUUGUAUGGAUGUAAUAGUGAAAUUAAAAAACAAUAUUUCUAUA